AAACUUCCGUGGCCAAAGGUCCAGGCCUGAGCGCGUUGGAUCAGAGAGCGAUACCAGCGCGACCCGCGGCCUGCGAACCUGAAGCCUCCACCUCGGCGCAGCCCCGGGAAACCACAGGAAGCUGCUUUCCGCGCGCGAAGGCAACAUUCUGGCUCCGCGGGAAAUUCGGGCCGGGUAGGAAGUUCGCGAAGCAGAAGGGUCUUGGGUCCUUUCCGAGCCGCGGGCCCAGCUAGGCCGCGGCGGGCCGCGUUCGGCUAAGCGUGGAGGUGCAGCUCACUUCCUUAUGUGAGCUCUCUGAAAUUUAGGCCGCGCCCGCUUAUUUUGGGUGUGUUAUUGAGACCACAGAAACCGUAUCCGCUUAGGCCUGAGGAGUCGCUAGCCCCCGCAAAGACUAGAUGGAAUUUCCAAGGCCUAGGUGCAAGAGAAGCGACAAGUAACGGCUCUGCGCAGCCCCGCCCUAUCACCCCGCUCCCGCUCUCCCCGCACCCGCCCAUUUUAUAUCUCUUUGGUUUCUAGCCCUCUCCUCCCCGCCUCCCCACCCCCUCAGCUUCCUCUUUAAGGCGGAGCCGGGAGUCGAUCUCGCGAGAUCCGGGUUGGCGCCGUGACCUCCAUGUGGGAGCUAGCGCUCUAUAAGUAAACACUCCGCGCAGCGCAGACAAGGCUUCUUCCUAUUCGUGAGGUGGGGUUGCGGUAGUGGCGGCCCGACUGGUUCCGGUUUCCUUUCCUUCUCAGCUCCGCUGGGCAGGCGCGCGGAUUAGAAGUCGCCGCUGCCUGUGGGGCCCGGCGUCCGGUCGGUUUCCCUCAUUUGUGCGCGCGCUCUUCCGCUGCCCGCGGAGAGCCGGAGCUGCUAGGGAAGCGGGCCGGGCGGGGCGCGGCGUCCGGAACGCAGGGGGAGACAAAGCCCGGCCAGUCUCCUCUCCCGCCGCCAAGAUGUGGAUUCAGGUUCGCACCAUCGACGGCUCCCAGACGCGCACCAUUGAAGACGUGUCUCGCAAAGCCACAAUUGAGGAGCUGCGCGAGCGGGUGUGGGCGCUGUUCGACGUGCGGCCGGAGUGCCAGCGCCUCUUCUACCGGGGCAAGCAGUUGGAAAAUGGAUAUACUUUAUUUGACUAUGAUGUUGGACUGAAUGACAUUAUUCAGCUACUAGUUCGCCCAGACCCAGAUCUUCCUAGCACAUCUAAACAGAUUGAUGUACAGGCCAAACCCUGUUCUAAUAGCCCACCUAAAGUAAAGAAAACCCCAAGGGUGGGACCUUCUAGUCAGCCGUCUACAUCAACUUGUGAUUUUCUUAUUGAUCCUGGCAUUGGUCUAUAUAAGGUAAAUGAAUUGGUGGAUGCCAGAGAUGUCGGCCUUGGUGCUUGGUUUGAAGCCCGUAUACGUAGUGUUACUAGAGCUUCUGAUGGACAUUCACGUGGCAAAACUCCACUGAAGAAUGGCAGUUCUUGUAAAAGGACUAAUGGAAAUGUAAAUCAUAAUUCCAAAGAGAACACAAAUAAAUUGGACAGUGUACCCUCUACGUCUAAUUCAGACUCUGUUGCUGCUGAUGAAGACGUUAUUUAUCAUAUCGAGUAUGAUGAAUAUCCAGAAAGUGGUACGGUAGAAAUAAAUGUCAAGGAUCUUCGGCCACGAGCUAGAACCAAUUUAAAGUGGAAUGAACUAAAUGUCGGUGAUGUGGUAAUGGUUAAUUACUCUGUAGAAAAUCCUGGUAAUAGAGGAUUUUGGUUUGAUGCAGAAAUUACCGCACUGAAGACAAUCUCAAGGACCAAAAAAGAACUUCGUGUGAAUAUUAUCUUGGGGGGUUCUGAAGGAAAAUUAAAUGACUGCCAGAUAAGAUUUGUAAAUGAAAUCUUUAAGAUCGAGAAACCUGGAGCUCAUCCCCUGUCAUUGGCAGAUGGAAAGUUUUUAAGGAAAAAUGAUCCUGAGUGUGACAUUUGUGGUGGAGAUCCAAAUAAGAAAUGUCAUUCUUGCUCCUGUCAUAUAUGUGGUGGAAAACAGGAACCUAACAUGCAACUUCUAUGUGAUGAAUGUAACAUGGCCUAUCAUAUUUACUGCCUGAAUCCACCUUUGGAUAAGGUCCCUGAAGAGGAGUACUGGUACUGUCCUUCCUGUAAAACUGAUUCCAGUGAAGUUGUAAAGGCUGGUGAAAGACUCAAGAUGAGUAAAAAGAAAGCAAAGAUGCCAUCAGCUAGUACUGAAAGCCGGAGAGACUGGGGCAGGGGAAUGGCCUGUGUUGGUCGCACUAGAGAAUGUACUAUUGUUCCUUCUAAUCAUUAUGGACCUAUUCCUGGGAUUCCUGUUGGAUCAACAUGGAGAUUUAGAGUUCAGGUGAGCGAAGCAGGUGUCCAUAGGCCCCAUGUUGGUGGAAUUCAUGGUCGAAGUAAUGAUGGGGCUUAUUCUCUUGUCCUUGCUGGUGGAUUUGCUGAUGAAGUAGACCGAGGUGAUGAAUUCACAUACACUGGAAGUGGUGGUAAAAAUCUUGCUGGUAAUAAAAGAAUUGGUGCACCAUCGGCUGAUCAAACAUUAACAAACAUGAACAGGGCAUUGGCCCUAAACUGUGAUGCUCCAUUGGAUGAUAAAAUUGGAGCAGAGUCUCGGAAUUGGAGAGCUGGUAAGCCAGUCAGAGUGAUACGCAGUUUUAAAGGGAGGAAGAUCAGCAAAUAUGCUCCUGAAGAAGGCAACAGAUAUGAUGGCAUUUAUAAGGUGGUGAAAUACUGGCCAGAAAUUUCAUCAAGCCAUGGAUUCUUGGUUUGGCGCUACCUUUUAAGAAGAGAUGAUGUUGAACCUGCUCCUUGGACCUCAGAAGGAAUAGAACGGUCAAGGAGAUUAUGUCUACGUUUACAGUAUCCAGUAGGUUACCCUUCAGAUAAGGAAGGGAAGAAGACUAAAGGACAGUCAAAGAAGCAGGCCAGUGGAUCCUCAAAAAGGCCAACUACAGAUGAUGAUUGUCCAAGUGCCUCCAAAGUGUUAAAAACACCAGAUUCAGCAGCAGAAGCAGUUGAGGCUUUCCAACUAACCCCUCAACAACAACAUCUAAUUAGAGAAGAUCACCAAAACCAGAAGCUGUGGGAUGAAGUGCUUGCAUCUCUUGCGGAAGGUCCAAAUUUUCUGAAAAAAUUGGAACAAUCUUUUAUGUGUGUCUGCUGCCAGGAGCUAGUUUACCAGCCUGUGACAACAGAUUGCCUCCAUAAUGUCUGUAAAGAUUGCUUACAGCGCUCCUUUAAGGCUCAAGUUUUCUCCUGCCCUGCUUGCCGGCAUGAUCUUGGCCAGAAUUAUCUCAUGAUUCCCAAUGAGAUUCUGCAGACUCUACUUGAGCUUUUCUUCCCUGGCUACAGCAAAGGACGAUGAUUUGUCUACUUCUACUGUGUUGCUCUUGAUGGCUUUUUGGACAAUAAAGAAUCUAAAAUGUUUGGGGGGGGGGCGGGGAGGGUUGAAGCGCAAUGGUGGACCAUAUCUCUCACGUUCUGAAGCAGCUAAUCCUCUUUCCUACAUAGCCAUUAUCUUGUGUGUGUAGUAAGAGGCCCAUUUCUCAACUGUCUUUUAAAUAUCAAAAGGUAGUUCCUGUCAGUAACAGCUAGUUUUAAAUGAGUAAAAAGUCAAAGCCUCAGCUCUAGUUGAUAUCCAAGUUAUGAUUUAUUUUGCAACUACCUCAGGACAGAAAAGACUUAUGGGGAUUUUUUAAGUCAUUGAGUAAUUAGUUAAAUGAAAUUUUAGCUACGCACUGCCUCCCAAAUAUUAGUUGUGCCUGGUUUGUGUAAUUUGAUUUUACAGAGGAAAUGACACUCAAGAUCUUUGGAACGCAGCUUCUGUAUUGUGCAUAAUACAUUUUUAAUGUCUUCUUCCAUUACAAUGUGUUUGGCAAUGACAGGUUCAUUUUUUAGCCCAUUUUGUGAGCUCCAUUGUGCUUUUUUCUGGUGUUUUAUGCAAAUUGACUACUAAUGACUAAUGAAAACAAUAAGAAUGCAUUGUUGCUGCAUUAGUGUAAUGUGGUGUGGUUUUGCACUUAAAAGAGGUAUUCAGAUGCUCUAGUUGUAAAUGUUCAUGAAAAACCUCUUCUGUACUAGUCAAACUGCUUUUAGUAAGUCUCACCAGUGGUUUUACAUCUGCAGAGCAUUGAGGGCUGGGCUGACUUUUGAGAGGACUGAAAUUGCUUCAUAUUGUGAUCCUAAAUUUUAUAUUCACUAUAUUCCCCAAAGUAUACCUUAAUAAAUAUUUUAUGACCAGAAAAAUA